AUGAAAAAUGUCUUUGGUGACUCAUCUGACUCUGAACCUGAACUUUUGGCGCCACCGCCGAAAAAGUUCAGGCCCCCUACGCAAAACAUUCUUUGCAACGAAUCUGGAUUAAUUGGAGCCACGAAAGGUCAAUCAAUUGAUGAAGAAAAUGCAAGUGACAGUGUCUCAGUUAAAAAGGUGUCGGACCCUUCUGAUUUGGGUUCGGACUCAGACUUUGAUAAUAUUGAUCAGGAGCUUGGCCUGUCCCGCCCAGGAUUAGGAUUUCAACUGAAAGCCACUCCUUACAACCAAAAAGCGAGUCUUGAUCACUCCAUUAUUGAUAAGACUUCCAUCGGCUACCAAAUCAUGGAAAAAAUGGGGUAUAAACAAGGUCAAGCAAUUGGAAUGACAAAUAAUCCCAAUGCUUUAAAAGAGCCAUUAGCCAUCAAGUCGAAGUUAUCUCGUGCGGGCCUUGGAGUCUCCACUUUUACCCCGAAAAGAGCUGCUGAUCUUUCCCCCGAGUCUAAAUCUGCCCUUCAAACAGCCAGUAAAAACAAACAUAUAGAAAGAUCCAACAAGGCUAUGAUUUUGAAACUACAGAAGUUUUGUUAUGCCUACUCGGGGGAAGAUAUGAAGCUUGAAGAUGGUACGCUAUUUCCAGAAGAUGUUAACCCUUUAUGGAAAGAUCUUGCGAUACGAAAUUCCACACCAAGCUGUAGAACAAAACUAUUUGGUGAGUCUUUCCGAGCACGCUCCUCGGCCUCAGAGCCGAACUCGCCCAGUAGCAUAAAAGAUGUCGACACAUCCCAAGCGACUGAGGGGCAAUUGAUGCAAUUGCUACAAUACACUCGUGUCAACUUCUACUACUGUCCAUACUGUGGAACCAAAUUUGAUGAUGAGGAGGACUUGAGUUCAAACUGUCCAGGUGAAACCGAGCAACUUCAUCAGCUUUAG